AUGAAAGCCUGCAAUUACAGCCUAAAAACGGUGGUAGAGUUUGAGCACACCAUGGGUCACAGACUUUGUCUCAUCUUUUCCUGUCUGAGCCUCUACGUCUGGUCUGAAAGUCCUUGUCUUCUUCGUCUUGGCAACACGCACAAGUCGGUGAGCAGAAGCACUUCACAUAGGGCCCAAAUCCCCAUACUUCAGUAUUGCGACCGAUGCGAAAGAAGACUAGCUUUGGUCGGUGUUCCGAAAGCUCUCGAAGUUACUGGAUGA